AUGGAUUCAUCUUCCUCAUCUUCUUCAUUUUGCGUUCCACCGGAGUUAGACGAUUUGUCUACGGGAAGUACUUUUGAGUUUUUUAAUCAAGUGUACGCCGAGCUUGAAGAUACCGACACCUCUUCCGACAAUCGUAGGUAUAUCGAUCGAUACCAAGAAGAAGCUCACGCUAUACUAAUGCGUGACUACUUCGUUGAAGACUCAAAGUUUGACGAACCAUUUUUUUGUCAUCGUUUUUGCAUGAGCAAGAGGUUGUUUUUGAAUAUUGUUGGUGAUAUUGAAGCUAGAUUUAGUUACUUUCAAGAGCGGUACGAUGCACGGGGUAAAAAAAGUUGCAUCGCUCUUCAAAAGUGCAUAUCGGCGAUUAAGCAACUGUCUACGGGUGAACCUUCAGACGCGUAUGACGAGUAUUUAUGUAUGGCUGCCAGAACGAGACGCGAGAGCAUGGAGUACUUUUGUGAUGCGGUCAUCAAUUUAUAUCAAAAGAAGUUCUUAUAUAGGCCGACAUCUCAUGACAUUGCUCUCAUCAUACAAGCUCAUGAGGAAAGACACCACAUUCCAGGAAUGCUGAGUAGUCUUGAUUGUACACACAUCGAAUGGAGGAUGUGCCCUAAACACUUAAAAGGGCAAUACACAAGGGGUGAUCACAAGGUACCUACUAUUAUGAUUGAAUGUGUUGUUUCCUAUGACAUGUGGAUGUGGCAUUCGUUUUUCGGUCCUGCUAGAUCGAACAACGCUGUCAACGUUUUGCAGCAAUUGCCCUUGUUUCAAAACGAGCGUAAUGGAUCCGCACCAGACAGUUCAUUUAGCGUAAAUGGACAUGAUUACAAGCGUGGUUACUACCUUAAUGAUGGAGUCUAUCCUAGGUGGGCUGUGUUUGUUAAAGCUUAUCCGCAUCCACAUUGGCAACGUGUGGGUGGAAGGCGAGUGUUGGGUGGUCACCACGCGUGGAACACCGCUGACGAUGGGUGUCCACGCGUAGGUGGUCGAAAAUGGGUGGACAUUCCACGCGAGUGA